GGCUGAAGGUGGUUCCCCACCGACGAGGAUGGGAGAGCUGGCGAGCUGAAACCCGAGCUCCCGCUCAGCUGGGACUUGGGGAGGUCCCAGAAAGCAGCUUGCCAGCCUGCCUUCCCCGGUCCCUUCUCUCCCUCCCUCCCCAGCAGUCACUCCGGGCACUGGCCGCGGGAGAGAUGGAGCUGGGCUGGUGGACACAGUUGGGACUCACUUUCCUGCAGCUCUUUCUCAUCUCCUCCUUGCCAAGAGAGUACACGGUGAUUAAUGAAGCCUGCCCGGGAGCGGAAUGGAAUAUCAUGUGUCGGGAGUGUUGUGAGUACGACCAGAUUGAGUGCGUCUGCCCCGGGAGGAAGGAGGUCGUGGGCUAUACCAUCCCUUGCUGCAGAAACGAGGAGAAUGAGUGUGACUCCUGCCUGAUCCACCCAGGUUGUACCAUCUUUGAAAACUGCAAGACCUGCCGAAACGGCUCAUGGGGAGGUACCCUGGAUGACUUUUAUGUAAAGGGGAUCUACUGUGCAGAAUGCCGAGCUGGCUGGUACGGAGGAGAUUGCAUGCGAUGUGGCCAAGUUCUGCGGGCCCCAAAGGGUCAGAUUUUGUUGGAGAGCUACCCUCUAAAUGCUCACUGCGAAUGGACCAUUCAUGCCAAACCUGGAUUCAUCAUCCAACUAAGGUUGGUCAUGUUGAGCCUGGAGUUUGACUACAUGUGCCAGUAUGACUACGUUGAAGUCCGUGAUGGGGACAACAGUGACAGCCAGAUCAUCAAGCGUUUCUGUGGCAAUGAGCGGCCAGCUCCCAUCCGGAGCACAGGGCCCUCUCUCCACAUCCUCUUCCAUUCUGAUGGCUCCAAGAACUUUGAUGGAUUCCACGCCAUUUUUGAGGAGAUCACAGCAUGUUCCUCGUCUCCUUGUUUCCAUGAUGGUACAUGUCUCCUUGACAAAACUGGAGCUUACAAGUGUGCCUGCCUGGCAGGCUAUACCGGGCAGCACUGUGAAAAUCUCCUUGAAGAACAAAACUGUUCAGACCCUGGGGGCCCAGUCAAUGGGUACAAGAAAAUAACAGGGGGCCCUGGACUUAUCAGUGGGCGCUAUCUAAAAAUUGGCACGGUCGUGUCCUUCUUUUGCAACAAUUCGUACGUUCUUAGUGGCAAUGAGAAGAGAACUUGCCAGCAGAAUGGAGAGUGGUCAGGAAAACAGCCCAUCUGCAUAAAAGCCUGCCGAGAACCAAAGAUCUCCGACUUGGUGAGACGGAGGGUUCUUCCAAUGCAGGUUCAGUCAAGGGAGACACCAUUACACCAGCUAUACUCAGUAGAAUUCAGCAAGCAGAAACUGCAGGAUACCCCUACUAAGAAGCCAGCCCUUCCCUUUGGAGACCUGCCCGCUGGGUACCAACAUCUGCACACCCAGCUCCAGUACGAAUGUAUCUCGCCCUUCUACCGCCGCCUGGGCAGCAGCCGGAGGACGUGUCUGAAGACUGGGAAGUGGAGUGGGCGGGCCCCAUCCUGCAUCCCUAUCUGUGGGAAAAUUGAGAACGUCACUGCUUUGAAGACCCAGGGGAUGCGCUGGCCGUGGCAGGCGGCCAUAUAUAGGCGGACCAGCGGGGCACAUGGUGGCGACCCGCACAAGGGCACCUGGUUCCUGGUCUGCAGCGGCGCUCUGGUGAAUGAGCGCACUGUGGUGGUGGCUGCCCACUGCGUGACCGACCUGGGGAAGGUCUCCGUGAUCAAGACAGCAGACCUCAAAGUCGUCCUGGGGAAAUUCUACAGGGAUGAUGACCGGGACGAGAAGACCAUCCAGAGCUUGCGAAUUGCUGCUAUCAUUCUGCAUCCCAACUACGACCCCAUCUUGCUCGACUCUGACAUCGCCAUCCUGAAGCUCCUGGACAAAGCUCGCAUCAGCACCCAAGUCCAGCCCAUCUGCCUGGCUGCCACCCGUGACCUCAGCACCUCCUUCCAGACAUUCCACAUCACCGUGGCCGGCUGGGAUGUCCUGGCAGAUGCGAGGAGCCCGGGCUUCAAGAACAACACGCUGCGCUCGGGGACGGUCAGGGUGGUGGACUCGCUGCUGUGCGAGGAGCAGCAUGAAGACCAUGGCAUCCCCGUGAGUGUCACGGACAACAUGUUCUGCGCCAACCAGGACCCCACCACCCCUUCCAACAUCUGCCCAGCAGAGACAGGGGGCAUUGCGGCAGUGUCCUUCCCAGGACAGGCAUCCUCCGAGCCGCGGUGGCACCUGGUGGGGCUGGUCAGCUGGAGCUACGAUAAAACUUGCAGCUGGAGCCUCUCCACUGCCUUCACCAAGGUAUUGCCUUUUAAAGACUGGAUUGAAAGGAACAUGAAGUGAGCCUCAGGCCAGCAGAGCAGCUUUUCCACAUAUCCAUCCAUACACGGUGGGGUAUAUGUUGACUGGGCAGAGUGGACAUGGAGUGUGAUUUUGCCCAUGACUUUGGCUCCACCAGAGCUUCUGAUUUCAGGGACAAAGCUCAAAGGAGAGCAAAUAGAGAUUGGUUUCAGGUAGGCCACUGCCUCCCUCACUACAUGGACAAACUGUUUGGAAGAUGUCAGGGCUUGCAAGAAUAGUUUCUUCAAAAAAGACAAUAUGAAUAGCAAAGCAAACCUCCCCAUUCGAUUGGGUGUUGCAGAUGUCACGGUCAGCUCUGGUUGAGAGAAGGUUGGCUGGGGAGGUCUGGGCUUCAUGAAGCCAUUUCCAAGGCUUCAACCAAAGCAUGUUCCAAAGAGCCUCUUGCAGGACAGGCCAGGACAGCGGAGCUUGGAUGUGGUGCAUGCUCUUGUGUACCUUGCCACAGUACAGUCCGGUCCUUUUCUUUCCCAAUUCCCUGUAUACAUUUUAAUAAAACAAAGGCUGACUUCUGACCUUCAAAACAAAAGUGUGA